AUGACUCUGCGGUGGAGCCUCACCCUCCGCAUCGUUCAGGGUCACGUUUGUCUACUGCAAGGCCACGUGUGUGGAAUGCCAUUCAAGGGCGUUGCGUACCUCUGCCUUGCCCAUGUUCCAACUGUGCUUGGCCUUCUCCUCCUUUUCCUCCUCCUUUGCUCUUCACUUUGGUUGGAGUGGAGUGGCAGCACGGGACGUGCCAUCGCGUUCUACUUGGAGCAUGUCCACCUCAAGUCAUGCCCGUUGGAGUCCGAGGAGGCGGUGAAGCUGGCUGAGCGUGAUAGGGGCAGUUUGGUCGUAUGUUCUUCUGCUCAUUGUUAUGCAGGGCUAAUAUGGAAAACAUGA